AUGUCCAAGUGUGUUUGCUCCUUGAAGACACAUCUGAGACACGUUAACCGGUACUCUGCGUUAAACCGGCGCACUGCACCAUCAUCCUCCCUUUUCCAAGACUAUCCUGGCUCGCGGCCAUCCAGCUCAUCCUCCAGCCGCCCGAGCUAUGCCUACCCGUCAACGGCCGAAGGGCGACCGUCGUCGUCGCCAUAUUUGAGCCCGUACUCCAACGCAAACGGCACGCAACACGAGUCCACACAUUCCUUCCGCUCCGCCACCCCCAAUUCAAAGGGCCAGUACUCGACCUCGGUUCUCGAGGAACUAGAAUCUCAGAAUGAGGUCACCGCCACGACAGUGCUCUCGCAAAAGGUGUCACAGUUAAAAUCCUUGACCAUCGCCAUCGGGGACGAGAUCAGAGACUCGAGUGCGCUCGCUAGCCAAAUCAACGACUCGUUCGAGAACACGGGAGUCAGGUUACGGGGGACAAUGAGGCGGAUGCUGAGGAUGGCUGAACGGACCGGCGUCGGGUGGAAGGCCUGGGUGCUGUUCUUCAUCGCCGUCUGGGCCAUCUUCGCAUACGUCUGGCUAUUCUAG